AUCCAGAACUACAAUGAUCGUGAAAUACUACAUUUCCUACAAUCUCUAUGUAAUGUAAUUCGUAAUAUCCGAAUUGCCCCAUAUUAACGCAUGCGCAAACGACUUGCUCGCGACACAAACCACUAUGGAGGAAGGCGGUGUGAUCUUUGAAAAAAGUCUGGAGGACGCUCCGGCAGUGCUGAUUUCACGGCCACAGACCGGCUUGUCCUUCUUAGCUGCUGAGCCCGAGGACCUGGAAGAUCUGUACAGCAGAUAUAAGAAGCUGCAGCAGGAACUGGAGUUCCUAGAAGUGCAAGAAGAGUACAUCAAAGAUGAGCAAAAGAACCUCAAGAAAGAAUUUCUUCAUGCCCAGGAGGAAGUGAAGAGGAUACAGAGCAUUCCCCUUGUCAUUGGGCAGUUCCUAGAGGCUGUGGACCAGAACACAGCCAUAGUCGGUUCCACCACAGGCUCCAACUACUACGUAAGGAUCCUGAGCACCAUUGACCGGGAGCUGCUGAAGCCCAAUGCAUCGGUGGCCCUGCACAAGCACAGCAAUGCCCUGGUGGACGUCCUGCCCCCAGAGGCUGACAGCAGCAUCAUGAUGCUGACCUCAGACCAGAAGCCAGAUGUGAUGUAUGCAGACAUCGGAGGUAUGGACAUCCAGAAGCAAGAAGUGAGAGAGGCAGUGGAGCUUCCCCUCACACACUUUGAACUUUACAAACAGAUUGGCAUUGAUCCCCCCAGGGGUGUGUUGAUGUACGGUCCUCCGGGAUGUGGGAAGACCAUGCUGGCCAAGGCUGUAGCUCACCACACCACUGCCGCAUUCAUCCGCGUCGUAGGUUCAGAGUUUGUGCAGAAGUACCUUGGUGAGGGGCCUCGCAUGGUGCGUGAUGUCUUCCGGCUGGCCAAGGAGAAUGCCCCUGCCAUCAUCUUCAUCGAUGAGAUCGAUGCCAUCGCCACAAAGCGCUUUGAUGCACAGACUGGGGCUGAUAGAGAGGUGCAGAGGAUCUUGCUGGAGCUGCUGAACCAAAUGGACGGCUUUGAUCAGAACGUUAACGUGAAGGUGAUCAUGGCCACUAACCGGGCUGACACCCUUGACCCAGCGCUCCUUCGGCCCGGCCGCCUGGACAGGAAGAUUGAGUUUCCCCUGCCGGACCGGCGACAGAAGCGGCUUGUGUUCUCUACCAUCACAAGCAAGAUGAACCUUUCAGAGGAAGUGGACCUUGAGGAUUAUGUAGCCCGGCCUGACAAAAUUUCUGGAGCAGACAUCAACUCGAUUUGUCAGGAGGCUGGGAUGCUUGCAGUGCGUGAAAACAGAUACAUUGUUCUGGCAAAGGACUUUGAGAAGGCCUACAAAACUGUUAUCAAGAAAGAUGAACAGGAGCACGAAUUUUACAAGUAGAUGGGAAAGGAAUAAAAAUAAAUGUUGCUGUGAUACACUA